GCCUCUAUAGUUUUCAUGGUAGAUUGCACCAGAACGUAUCGCCUGUCCGUUACCCCGUUAUACAUUAUUCUUUCCGAGAACAGGUGGAUACAAAGACAUAUCAUUUUGCGCUGCAUAUAAUGUUAGAGAUUACAGGGGAACUUGUUUAGGCUACAAUAUAUCGGUAGUCUACGUGUCGCGUCGGGGGGACUGCGGUACAUCUGAAGACGGACUAGUAAAGACUGUCAAGCAAAGGAAGAUUGCCAACCAGCAACAUCAUCGAGACGUAAAAUUAUGCUCUUCAUUCAGAUACAGGUCUCCCGUCUGCGGAACAUUUGGCUUGAUAGUUUGAUUGACCAUUUCAACCAUUCAAAAAUGAUUAGUGAAUUACAUUAGUGCUGUUAACCCAAUGCAACACGUUGCUGGCAAGCGAGACAUCAUUGUGCCAUUAAUUGAUUACAAUAAGGCAUAUUUUCUUGGGAUGACAUCCUGGUGUGUCUCCCCUCCGUUACCUUGUUUAGACUCCAGAGUUCCUGCUUUCUGUCAGGGGCCAGCCUGCUGAUUCCUCUCUGCCGCCACGUCACGUCACGGGGGGCCGAUGCGGCGUUUCAUAUACUGUAAGGUGGUGCUCACCACCUCGCUUGUCUGGGUGCUGGUGGAUGUCUUCCUGCUGCUCUACUUCAGUGAAUGUAAUAAAUGUGAUGACAGGAAGGACCACUCGCUGCUGCCUGCUCUCAGAGCGGUCAUGUCGCGAGCCCACGAGGGCCCGGGGGAGAUGGGGAAAGCGGUGGUUAUCGCAAAGGACGAGCAGGAGAAAAUGAAGGAGCUCUUUAAGAUUAACCAGUUCAAUCUGAUGGCCAGCGACAUGAUUGCUCUCAACAGGAGUCUGCCGGACGUGAGACUGGACGGUUGCAAGACGAAGGUGUACGCGGACGAUCUCCCCGACACCAGCAUAGUGAUCGUGUUCCACAACGAGGCGUGGAGCACCCUGCUCCGCACUGUCCACAGUGUCAUCAACCGCUCGCCACGGCACCUGCUGCAGGAGAUCCUGCUGGUGGACGACGCCAGUGAGAGAGACUUCUUGGGAAAGAAGCUGGAGAACUAUGCUCGUACCCUGGAGGUUCCCGUGCGGGUCCUGCGGAUGGAGCAGCGAACGGGGCUGAUCCGGGCCAGGCUAAGAGGGGCAGCUGCCACACGGGGACAGGUCAUCACCUUCCUGGACGCCCACUGUGAAUGCACAGUGGGCUGGCUGGAGCCUCUGCUGGCCAGGAUCAAAGAGGACCGGAGAUCUGUGGUAUGUCCUAUAAUCGAUGUGAUCAGCGACGAGACGUUUGAGUACAUGGCAGGCUCAGACAUGACCUACGGAGGAUUCAACUGGAAGCUGAAUUUCCGUUGGUACCCCGUGCCUCAGAGAGAAAUGGACAGGCGCAAAGGGGACAGGACAUUACCACUCAGAACCCCUACUAUGGCUGGAGGGUUAUUCUCUAUUGACCGGACAUAUUUUGAUGAAAUUGGCACGUACGAUCCAGGGAUGGACAUUUGGGGCGGAGAGAACUUGGAGAUGUCUUUCAGGAUCUGGCAGUGUGGCGGCUCGCUGGAGAUUAUAACAUGUUCCCACGUGGGUCAUGUGUUCCGGAAGGCCACCCCAUACAGCUUCCCUGGGGGCACUGGCCAAGUCAUCAACAAGAACAACAGGCGAUUGGCCGAGGUGUGGAUGGACGGCUUCAAAGACUUCUUCUACAUCAUAUCACCAGGUGUGGCCCGGGUAGACUAUGGAGACGUGUCCUCUCGUAAGGCCCUGCGUGAAGCUCUGCAGUGCAAACCCUUCUCCUGGUACCUGGAGAACAUCUACCCCGACUCUCAGAUCCCCCGGAGAUACUACUCACUUGGUGAAAUCAGAAAUGUUGAAACAAACCAGUGUGUGGACAACAUGGGCAGAAAGGAGAACGAGAAGGUUGGCUUCUUCAACUGCCAUGGCAUGGGUGGGAAUCAGGUGUUCUCGUACACGGCUGAUAAGGAGAUCCGGACAGAUGACCUGUGUCUGGACGUGUCUCGCCCCCAUGGCCCUGUGGUCAUGCUGAAGUGUCAUCAAAUGAAGGGGAAUCAGAUGUUUGCGUAUGACGCAGAGCGGCUGACCCUGCUGCACGUCAACAGUAACCAGUGUCUGGACAUGCCUACUGAGGAGGACAAGAUGGUGCCCACCCUGAGAGACUGCACAGGCAGCCGCUCCCAGCAGUGGUUCCUCCGCAACAUGACACUGACGCUCUGAUCUGACGUGGAGCAGGACCUCCACCUUCACUCACCACCACCCUGGCCAGUUUCGCCCCCACCUGAACCACCGACCCACUUCGCUCCCGCUGGCCACUACCUUUGCCUCGCUCCACCAGGUAUUUUUUUUAAAUCAUGCACAUGCUCCUGCCUCCUUCAACACUCGCAGGUGGGGAAGAAGCAGGCAGGUAGCAGGGUUUUUUUGUGUGUUUUUUUUCCCCGCGGGGCUUCGGAGGCUCGGCAAGGGCGUUAUCUGCGAUUCCGAUCCCCUCAUUCAAUCAAUAUUACACACAGUGGCUGGCAAGAGGCUGGCGUGCACACUCUCAGCCAGACAAUAUCUGUAUGGUUGACUCAUAUGAACGGGUCUGAGGUGACGGUGACUCACACUUUUACAUGUGGAGGAAGCUGGAGUCAGAGUGACUAUCGCACUGACGGUACCGUAUAUGUCAGAUGGCUCUCAGACCCGGUCGCGUGUGUGCGUUCAGAGGUUCCCGACUUUUGUACAGCAGCAGCACCGAUAGCAGGACACCAUUUGUACGUCCGUGGGGUCUCGCAGACUAUGUACUCUGGCUCUGAACACAAGUGUGUGUUUAAAGUGUAGCCCUGACAAGAGAUGAUUCGGUUCGGACAUUGUACACCCCCAAUUCACAGCUAUGUUGGAGCCACGUGUACAUCUGAGGGUGAAGGGUAAGGGUUGCUGUUGUUGAUGGGUACAUGACAAAACGCAAAACAUUAGAGGUCAUACAGAACUCGUGCAUGGAGGCAUAUAUCUGUCAAAUCUAAUUUACCAUUAUCCAAUUUGCAUUAUAAAUGUAAUUUCGGCAGCUUUUUGCUUCAAUGCUCAAUGGCAUAAAGGUUUGCACUGUUCCUUUGGGGCGGCAGCGUAGCCUAGUGGUUAGAGUGUUGGACUAGUAACCGGAAGGUUGCGAGUUCAAACCCCCGAGCUGACAAGGUACAAAUCUGUCGUUCUGCCCCUGAACAGGCAGUUAACCCGCUGUUCCCAGGCCGUCAUUGAAAAUAAGAAUGUGUUCUUAACUGACUUGCCUGGUUAAAUAAAGGUAAAAUUAAAAUUAAAUUUGUAUUACAGGAAAUAGAUAUGUCAUUUCAAAACACAACUGUAUAUCUGAGGCCAAAGUUACUUGGAUUGAUACGGUAUGCCUUAAGAGAAAUAGUCAAUUAUUGAAUGGGUCAAGGAAUGUAAGAGAAAGGGAAAAAUCUUGACAAGCUUUGCCUCAAAGUCAACCGGAGUAGUUGCCACAGUUUGUCAAAAUUGUUUCUACUGCACUGUAGCACGGUCCGCUCCCCAAACAUUGGAUUAUUGAACGUAUCGUUUAUUUUGGAUACGUUUGUCUACUUGAAGGUUCCCUUAUUCUACUUUCUACAUUAUGUCCAUCACUUUCAUUACAAUAGUUGACUUAUCAUUUGCACGGUUCAUCAUAACAUAUCAUUUGCCCGAUCUAAACAUAAAGCAAAAAUGAUCUGUCGACAUAAGGCUGUGAGUACAUUUACAAUGUCGGUUUGAAUAUCAAGUUUCUUGUUUAUUUAAUUAAGCUAUUGUGAAGUCUAAAAGCUCCCCGAAACAUCUCAGCAUUUAGCGAAUCGAUCAAUGUGAACAAUGGCAACAGUAUAAUGAGACUAAACAGAACUCAUCGUGUUUUACCACUAUACUGUGCCAUUUUGAUCGUCAGUCAAACGAUGCGUCCUGAAUCGUACCCUGUUGUGCUAUUUUUGAGCAGGUCUCAUAAUAGGCUCUGGUCUAAAAGUAGUGCUCUAUGUAGGUAACAGGGGACCAUUUGGGAUGCAUGAAAAAAUGUCUUGAUAUGAUCAACGUUUUUAGAAAACGGAUCAACUAUGUUUUUCAAUGGAUUGUCAGACCGGACCCGCUGACAUCCCACGGUGGUGUAAAUAAAUAACGGCCAUCAUCGUGUUUUCGUCGUCACGGUGACUGUACAUACAGAACCAAUUAUUUUUCUAAGACGCUGUGAAACUUGAAAGCCCCGUUGAAAUGUAGAGCGUGGCAUGGUUAUGUAAUUGAAUCCAUUGCCCGUGCGCUGUUCAGAAAUACCAAUGGAACUCUGUUAAUGCUUUCUAGGGGUUUUAUGAAAUGUGCAAUGUGUUUUAGAGGUUCAUCAGCAAAAAAACACAAACUACCUAAUGGACAUUACUGUACUAAAACGGAUUCAAACUAUCUCAAUGCUUGAACACUGUCAUAUCUAUGCCUACUGUUUGUUUGGCAUUCAGACUCAAAUGAAAUGAACUCUGUUUACGUUCAUAUAUAUUUAUCGUUUAGUUUCACCUAGAUUAUCUUUAGGUGUAGGGUGAAGUUGCCCCUAGACUCAUAUCCCCCACUAAUAGUUAAGGUUGGGACUGGGGAAGAGGAAGCUGAUCCUAGAUCUGUUCCGACAGUAGGGGAAACUUCACCCCGUAGCUUAUCUUGACAUGCAUGGUACUACAAUAGGAAUGUACUAUAGAUUGUGUUUGAAUUUUGAACUGUUACCCUGUACAUGUAAUGGUCUAAGCUGAUGUAUGUUACCUGUUUGUACAUUUUUGUAAAAACCACCAAAAAAAAGAAGAAAUGAAAAACAAUCUUGAUGGAAUCUGCCAUGUGUUCGAUUACUGGGGGAUGAUACGAACCAAUGAAAUGGUGAACGACAAAUCAAAUACAUCUGUUGUUGAUUAAACGUUUCUGUUGAAGCUUUUAGGCCCCCCCCCCCCGUGUCUCCCGUCUCCUCCUUAGCUCUAGGGAUGCGUCCCAAAUGGCAUCCUGUUUUCUAUAUGCUGCACUACUUUUGACCAGGGCCCAUCGGGCUCUAGGUCCCUGGUCAGAAGUAGUGCUCUGUAGAGGGAAUAGGGUGCCAUUUGGGACUCAGACUUAGUAUCUACUAGGAGCCUGGUGGGCGCUUUAACCAUGGCUCAAUAAUACGCUCAUUAUAGUUGCUAGGUCAGGUCUAGAGUUAGCCUAUGGAGAAGGUCCAGUAUAAACUGGGGCCGGGUUUCAAUCUGAUUGCCCUUUGCCGAUAAUGCGUCCUUUAAAAAGGCAAUGUUCCCGCUUUCGCGGAGACCACAUUCACGGUAAACGCUGCAUAAAAAAUAUAUGUGUAUUUUCCUUCUAGCACUGACUUUGAUAGUAACUACUUUAUUGAGGGAAAAUGUACUUGCUAUGGCUGUGCAGAUGUGGUUGUCUCACCCAGCUAUCUUGAGAUGAAUGCACUAAUUGUAAGUUCGCUCUGGAUAAGAGUGUCCGAUAAAUGACUCAAAUGUAAAUAUGUCGGCGCAAUCUGAAACGGCCUUUUAGAUGGUGCGUUGUCAACAAACUGCGAUCAGAUUGAAUCUCAGUUGAAAAUGGCUUCCAAUAAAGACUCGGUCUAAGGUUGAGGUCUUGACGACAAACGAUUUCACACUAAUUUGGUUUAUAGAGGCCUUACAUUACUGAAUAACUGUCUCAAAGCGUAUUUGCAUAAUAUUACAUGUAAUAGCAUCACUUAAUUGCUUCACUGUAUAUUUCCCUUUUCCCCACCCACAUCAGAGAAUGGGAGUUUUUUUUUUAAAUAAAUAUUUGUAAACCUCUCCAAGGCAACCA